AUGCACGGAUCGUGCCUUUCGGGUCCAAAAUUAGUUAAUGGGAUUUGUGGAAUAGAAGUAUUGCAUGUCCUUGCCGAAUGUAUAAUUAAAAGAAUGGGCCCAAAAUGCUGGACUCGGGCCUACAUGUAUGUGGACCUAAGAUAUUAUGAAGGAUGUCGCCCACCAACAGGAUUCAGUUAUACUUAUAAAUUGGAGCUUGGCACACCGUUGCAUUUAGGAGAUGGGAUAUUUAAUUUUGCUGUGGAGAUACCAAAGCGUACAAGUGCAAAAAUGAAGGUUACUAGUGAUGAACCAUUCACUCCAAUUAAGCAGGAUCCCUACAAGGGAAAACUUCUUUAUUACUCGAAAGUUCUAGCUUCAUCUAUGAUUGAUGAAGUGGAGCUCGAUUGGAAAAUAGUUGCAAUUUAUUUGGAUGAUCCAGAAGCUUCUUCCCUUGUCAACGAUGUUGGUGGUGGUACUCUGACUGUGAUUAGGGAUUGGUUUAGAGGUUAUAAUAUUCCAAACGGAAAACCUGCAAACAAGUCUGGACUUGGCAAAGGCAGCAAAUAA